GUACAUUUCUUUUAGUUAGCACUCACUAAGAAUAACAGAACAAUAUUGUCCUGUUGAAUGGCUUAAAAAAACACAUUGUCAUGACAGGUCACGCUCUUUAGCGUUCCAGACUGACCUACACACUAAUGGAGCUCUGACACAGCUCAUUUGAACACAUUCACACACUGCCCUCCCCUUGCCCAACCCUGCUUUUCACCAUGGUUUCCUGUGUAAAGAUAACCAGAGCACAUUAAAACAUUCGUUCCAACACUUUAACGCUCUUAAUAGCUUGACAGCCGUCUUUCAGGAAGCUCUGAUAAAUGAGGUCGCCUCUUCUGGUAUGUUUUGUUGGAUUAUGUUUUUGGACUUCUGUAAUAUCACUGAAGAUAUGUGCCUUCAACAUCCAGAGUUAUGGGGAAGCAAAGGCCAGUAAUAAGAGAGUUAUGGAGAUUUUGAUAAAGAUCAUUUCUCGCUGUGACCUGAGUUUGAUUCAGGAGGUUCGAGAUUCUAGAGGUCAAGCCGUAUCUGCAUUGUUGAUGAACCUGAACAGGUUUGACACAUCUCACAUUUACAAUCAUUUAGAGAGUAAAAGAAUGGGGAAGAAAACAUACAAAGAGCAGUAUGUGUACAUUUACAGAAAAGACAUGCUACAGGUGCAAGAGCAAUACCAGCAUCCAGAUUUCAAUGAGACCACAGAAGGAGUUUUCACCAGAGAGCCGUUCAUCAUUUGGAUCCGUUCUCCCACAACAUUGGUGAAGAACUUCGUCCUCAUUGGUCAGCACACCUGUCCUAAGAAUGCAAUGAAAGAAAUGGAUGCACUUUAUGAGGUCUUCCAAACAGUCAGGAAGAAAUGGAAAACUGAGAAUGUGAUGUUCCUGGGGGACUUAAAUGCAGCCUGCAGCUAUGUUACCAAUAAAGGACUGAAAAACGUGCGUCUCAAGAACGACCCAAUGUUCCACUGGUUGAUCAGAGAUGAACAAGACACUACAGUGCGUGAAAAAACACGCUGCGCUUAUGACAGGAUUAUUAUUCACGGAAAAGAACUCAUUUCAGGGAUAGUUCCAGAAUCUGCUCAACCGUUCAACUUCAAACAAGAAUUUAAUCUAUCUGAAGAAGAGGCUUUGGAAGUCAGUGACCACUAUCCUGUAGAAGUGGAUUUAAAAGCAAACCAUCGCUACCUCAUGCGCCACGAACUGUGAAAUGAUGAAUAUCUGUGAAUAUGGCCUGCUAAGUACAUAUACUAAUAUUAAUAUCAGCCUGAUACUGUGAUAACUUGUACUGUGCUCUGGUAUCAACAACUGAUGUUGCAGAGAAACAAUGUGAAUGGAAAAUAAAAGCACUCGCCAAAUUAUUAUAUUGAACAUUAGCAGAAAAAGUGUUAACUACACUAUUUAAGCCAUUUUGGUAUCUAUAACCAUGUCAUUAUUAUACAAAUUAUUUUUAAAUGAAUCAAAAAUUUGCUUUGCUGUUCUAGGUGUAUUUGAAGUUGCUAAUAGUGGAGAUGAUUAAAUAAUCAACACAAUGUA